AUGGGUAGGAACAGGGGUAUACUACGAUUUUUGGAGGACUAUAGAUCAUCAAUAGUAGUAUGCGGUGCACCUCUGUUCAGCCUACCACUCCUCUUCUGUUUCCCGGAACAUCAGUACGAAUUUGCUAGUUUCGAAAUGUUUCAGAAACAAGCGCAAUGCGGUUACGUGGUUUCUAUAAUGGGUUUGUAUUGGAUGUUCGAGGUUUUGCCGCUGGCCAUCACAGCUCUAAUACCUAUGGUGGCCUUUCCGUUCUUUGAAAUAAUGAAAAGUGACGAAGUUGCUCAAGCUUACCUACCAGACACCUCGUUUCUCUUUAUUGGGGGUUUGAUGGUUGCUGUAGCUGUUGAAAAAUCGGAUCUACAUACCCGAAUAGCUUUAUUCGUUCUACGAGUAGUUGGAUCACGUCCAAAAUGGAUAAUGGCUGGUUUUAUGGGAGUUACGGGAUUUCUGAGCAUGUGGAUAUCCAACACAGCCACAGCAGCCUUGAUGGUACCGAUAGUGCAAUCUGUAAUUACUGAACUUGUGGCGAAUCACAGGAUGCAUGAACUUUUGGCUUUGUCCGAAGUACAUUCUAUGGAAAACCGCAGAAGAAGUGUCGACAUGCGUCGUUUGUCCAACACCCAAGACAACAUUAUUCAAGCUCACCAGAAAGAUAUGAGCAAUCUUUUCACUCCGCGUGAACAUCUAAUGGCAAAAGGCCUUCUGAUAUCUGUAUGUUUCGCCGCCAAUAUCGGAGGGUCAGCGACGAUCACCGGGACUGCGUCAAACCUAGUGCUACUUGGACAGUUGGAGAAAUUAUUCCCUACCGCUGACACGGGAAUAAAUUUUGUCUCGUGGAUCACAUUCGCAUUUCCACAAGCUCUUGCUUGUCUUGUGUUUUGCUGGUUCGUCCUCAAUCUUGUUUUCCUAAGAAAUGCUCCACAAGGAUCUGCUAUCGUUUCGCGGAAGUUGAGAGAGAAAUAUGAGAAACUUCCGAGCACCACUUUUGCGGAGAUGGCUGUCAUGGCAUGCUUCACACUUCUUCUGGCGCUAUGGAUGCUUAGAGAACCACACGUCAUACCUGGAUUUGGAGCCUAUUUCAAGCGAGGGUAUAUCAGUGACGCAACAAGCGCUAUAUUCGUCGUCCUGCUGCUCUUCCUCAUACCGGAUAAACGUCCUAUGUGUUUUAAGAGAGGAAGAGGAAGAUCCGGACGCCAUGUCGUGCGUGAUUCACUGCUGGAUUGGCCAACUAUACAAGAGCGAUUUCCCUGGAGCGUUGUGCUCCUCUUAGGCGGUGGUUUCGCACUAGCAGCUGGAGUAAAGGAAUCUCAUCUGUCGAUUGAGAUAGGCGAGGUCAUGCAACGUCUGUCGAUGUUUCCAGUCAAUGUAAUAAUGCUGAUCUGUAUCUGUAUAACUGUUUGCUUGACCAACAUAUGUUCGAAUACAGUAAUCGCUUCGAUCUUCAUACCGAUUGUUGCAGAGUUAGCGAGAUCACUUGACACCAAUCCGCUAUUUUUCAUGCUUCCUGUAGCUGUAUCAUCAUCAUUCGCAUUUUUGUUUCCCGUCGCUACUCCACCAAAUGCGAUCGUUUUUGGCACUGGCCUUGUGCAAGUGGCCGACAUGGCAUUUGCCGGAAUAUUUGUCACUGUCGGAUGCACUUUAAUUACGAUGGCCAACGUUUUAUUCUGGGGUCGUACACUCUUCUCCCUCCAUGAGUUUCCAUUGUGGGCCUACGAUGACGAUCAUCCAAUGAGCAACAUUACCCUCAUCGAAGAACUUCUUGCUCAGAAUAAAACAGUAUACCCCGAUCUUCCCUUCGCUCUCUGA